CGUUUCCAAAGUCCUCCGGCAGGCCCACAUGGUCGUCGUCAUCUCUUCCCACAUUCCACUGCGCUCCCGUUCUUCUUCUUUAAGGGGUUUCGUGCCCUUUUCCAUGAAGGAAUCCGCAGCGAUUUCGAAUCCCUAGGCUUGGAUCCGAGUGUACCUUCGUCAAAUUGCAACAAUUUUAGAUUAUAUGAUGCCAUUGCCAUUGCCAUGCCAAACCUGGCCUCGCCGGCGUGACUAACCCUUCUCCGUUCAACCCUAGUCACGCUAGUCAAGGGCCAUCGUGGGGGCUGUUUGCCGUCGAACUUAGAGGGGAGAAAGAGAUCCUCGUUCAUCCAUGGCUGCAUCAUUUGAGAGAAAUGGCAUAAAUCCUUCAGCACACCCUCAUUUCAUUAAAAUACUGUCUCCUAAGUCCUUGAUUAUGCUUGCUAUUCCUCGUAAUUUCGUCAAGCACCUGGCCAAUAGUGAACUGAAAACAGCCACUUUGGUUUCACCAUGUCACACAUUUUGGCAUGUCCAGGUCCUGCAUAAUCAGGAUGAUGAGCUCGACAUGCAAUUUGGUAGAGGUUGGGAGUUAUUUGUGCAAGCUCACCGUCUCAAACCUGGCGAUGCUAUUCUGUUUCGUUACGAAGGCAACACGGUAUUUUCUGUGAAACUAUUUCACUCCGACGGAUGUUGCGUCUGGUGUGAUUGCAAUGAUCUAGAUUCUGCUCCAAGGUGUAUUGUGCAGGACCUGACAGUUAACCAUGAAAGUUUUAAGCAAGCAACAAAUACUGCAAACAAGGAGAGGAAGAAGAAUUCGGAGAACACAGGUGUCAAGGCCAAGGUAUCUCAGAAGAGAGUGAGGAACAAAGACAAACAACUUUCCAGAUUUGAAUGGAUACUUCGAUCUUAUAACGUUGAUCAAGCCAGGGCCCAAAUUUAUCUGCCGUAUCUGCCCCAAGGAUUGGUAUCUGCAGCGAAGUCAGAGAUCAUCUCCUUAGAUUGUCUUGGAAGGCUGUGGCCGGUUCGGCUCUGGGUUGGCAAGCAAAUCGCCAUAACCACCGGAUGGAAGCAGUUGGUGAGAGAGACCAAGCUUGAAGAAGGUGAUAAAUGUGUUUUUGAAACCAUAUCACAAGGGGUGUUGGGUCUUAAGAUCGAGAGGAAAACCUAGGUUUUGCACUAGGUUUUCUUUCUUUCUAUCUAUCUGCUUGCAGACGAUAUCUGUGCUUGAAGUUUUGCUUUGGAAUUCUGGAUCAUACGCUUGUUGGAAUUCUUGGUUGAUCUGCUUAUUGUGUUUUCCUUUUCCUUAA